AAAUGUUUUGCGAAGUAAAGCCGAGAAGGCAGCGAAUCGAACAGUAAAACCAGAAAUAUAAUCAGUACUUCAACCGUCAUCUGCCCCAAUUCUUGUAUCCUUCCUCUCUCUGCACGCGCCGUUUCAUCUCCUCGUUUCGAAGCAAGAAUGGAGUUGGCAGAGAAAGACCUACUAAAGACUGCGGAGAAGCUCGAGUUGGAAAAAUUAGCUAAGAUCAAUUUCAACCCUCCACAUAUGGUUGAUUUAGAUGCACUUCUUUGUGAUACCUAUAAUAAACAGUGUCCAAGACCAAUUCAUUAUCACAACAGGAGAGAUUUGAUACGCAUCUUCAAUGUGAUGGCAAAGGAAAUAUAUGGCAAUAGUGAUUUUUGUCCUGUUGUGGAAGAAUAUGGAUCAUUUGUAAUGGAUAUUUUCAAUGAAACAAGUGAUCUUGACUUGUCUAUAAACUUCAGAAAUUCUAUUCAAAUUACUCGGCACAAGACGAUUGAANCCCUUCGAAAGUUCCGCAGGAAAUUACGAACAAUUCAAGGAAUUGGGCAUGUUACUGCUUUAGAAGUUAUCCUGUCUGCCAAGGUACCAAUUAUAAAAGUUACUGAUAGUGGAACAGGUAUUGAAUGUGAUUUAUCAGUCGAAAAUAGGGAUGGCAUCGCAAAAUCCCAUAUUAUCCGUGCAAUUUCUACCAUAGAUGAAAGAUUUCAAAAGCUAUGUUUACUGAUGAAAUCAUGGGCUAAGGCACAUAAUAUCAACAGUUCCAAAGACGCUACUUUGAAUUCAUUGUCAAUUGUAUCAUUUGUUGCCUUUCAUUUGCAGACUUGCGAUCCUCCUAUAUUACCUCCAUUCUAUACUUUACUUAGAGAGGGAGUUGAUCCUGACUCUGUGACAAAGAUUGUUAAAACUUAUACCAACUAUGGGAAACAAAACAAAGAGUCAUUGGCCAAGCUUUUCGUUACUCUUCUUGUUAAGCUAGCAUCAGUUGAAAACCUUUGGCAGAAUGGAUAUUGUACAAGUUCAUACGCAGGGUCGUGGAUUUUAAAAUCAUGGAAACGACCUUACUCGAUGAGUGUGGAGGAUUUCACGGAUCGGUCACAAAAUGUGGCUAGGGCAGUUAGAGCUGAAGGGUUUAAGAUGAUCUACGAAUGUAUCCAUAAUUCUAUUGAUUACCUUUCGGGGUUUCUAAACGGUGAGAUCAAUGGAAUUGAUCUAAUGGAUAAAUUGUUUGGAAAACCUAUGGUUUCUACUCUAGUAGAUGACGGUACUACUGCUAGCAACGUCAAUGAAAAUAAGAAAAAGCAAUCUACAUUGCAAAAUCCCCAUCCACCGAAAAGGAGUCGCUUGGCUAAAAACCAGGAUCAGAAUGAAAAAUCAAGUGAAAAAACAAUUGUUCUCAGAACUGAACCCCAGGACAUGAGUCAGAUGCAUGUACCUUCUGGUAAAACUGUGCCAAAUGGUUUUGGUUCUUCCAAAAACCAAAUUCAGAAUAAAAAAUCUAGUGAAAAAACAAUAGUUCAAGAUUUGCAAAGAACUGAACCCCAUGACAUGGGUCGGAUGCCUGUACCUCGUAGUAAAACUAUGCCAAAUGGAUUUGCUUCUUUCACUCCCCCACUUUCCUACCAAUCUCGGUAUCAAUCUCCGUUUGCUACUCCUAGUACUAGUACAAAUUUUAAGGAGCAUCAUGGUUAUGGUCCAAGGAAUGUUCCUCCUCCUUUUGGCUUAAACCCAGCUGUUUUCCAAGGUUCUUAUGAUCCAUCCUUUCAAUCUCAUCAUGUUUCAUCACAUUAUUCUGGGGGUUUUGUUCAGAGAUUUCAUCAAAAUGCAUCAAUAGCUUCAAAUCCCUAUCACGGUUCAUUGCCUCAUUCCUCACUACUCGGAAGAGACUAUUCCUUAUAUAAUCAGAGAAGUGGAUAAUUCGAUCAUACUGGGGUUGAUUCUCUCAUACAUUCAUUUUGCAAAACUAACAAAAUUAACAAAUGAUUUACAUGUAUACUACCAACUCCCUUCUAUUCUCUUCCCAUUCCCGUGACUGUCUUUUUAUAACCUCCCAGAUUUGUAAUUCUUGAUUUGGGAAAAGAAUUAGAUGGUGAUGAAACUUCCCACUAUCUUGUGUUUUAUGAAUGAUGGAUCUGCCUUGAUUCAAAAGGUAUAAUGUUUUAUUGGUAGGUCAAAUCAUUUAGACCAGAUAUAGAAAGGUCAGAUCAUACUGGGAUAUUGUAUAAUGCCUAUUGUUUUUUUAUUUAUAAACUAGGCAAUAGGAAUUCAUGUUGUGACCUCUCAAGUUUAACAGUGGUGCUAAGUGUAAGAAUAUUUGUUGUGAUACAUUAUUUAAUUAUUAUGUUGACCAAGUAGAUUAUUAUGUA